CACUCCUGGGCUAAUUCAACCAUUCAGGCAAGCAUAAGCUACAAACAGCUUCUCGUCCAUGUGAAUUCUUGCUAGCAGGUGAGACAGGAGGCAAACUAGCAACGUAUAGUGGCUUGGGGCUUGCCAAAUAUCAGGCACAUUGAUGCUGCCUCAGGGCUCUACUGCUUGGGCAUAGACUCCACCCCACAGAGUCAACACCUCAGAGAGGACGUGAGAGACUCAUCAGAAACUAGACAGAACUCCUAAACGAACAGACACCUGCUCUCAAGGACAACCACGUCGUCCAAUCUGUUCUACUGUGGGACCAUCAUACGUUUCAGGAGGUCCACUGUGGAAAUACAUCCAUCGACGAUACAUCCAACAUCCCAAACAACGAGUCUAAAUACAGGUAAGGCUGCAGCAUAGUCAGUAAGACUUCCAGUGGCAACUGUUCUUAUUGCUGUUCACAUGUACUUUUAGUGUUUGUAAAGGCUGAAUUGCUGAUGUACUUUGUAGCAGGUGUUUCAGGGGUAGCUCUAAAUUGCUGACUACAGAUGCACCUGUAGCUGUAGAAAAUAUUCUAAUGUAUUUGCCAUGUUGUUGUACAUGUAAUAUCUUAAUAACCAAAAAAUUCCAUUUAGAAAUAUAAAGUCUUAUAUUAUGCUGAAAUCACAAGACAUCGUUGUGCCCCAAGAAAAAUGACUAAUAACCAAGAAACAAGGAAAUGAUACACACAACAGCAAAAUUAACUACAAAAAAAUAUUUAAUUUGUGCCUUAAGGAGGGAGCGGCUUCGUAUGAAACAUGGGAGCCAAAACCUGAGCCACCACUUCUUGCGACAGCCUGUGACAAACAGGUUCCUUAAGGCGGAGUCAUUUUCUGCAUAACUUACCUGGCAAUCUCUUUCGUCAAUCUUCUUCUUCCCAAUACAAACCUUCAGGCCCCAAAAUCUUUGCACACUUACCAGACCAUUAUGUAUCCUGAUUGUUGUGCAGAAUUGUAGAAGUAGUUUCCUUCAAGCACUGAAGCAGUUCAAUUGGUUGCAGAUGUUAUAACAGAUGAAAUUUCAUUCUAAUAGCUCUGGUAGCUUCUCUACAUUUACAGUGUAAGUGAGAUACAUUUUUAAAAUGUCUAAGAGUUUGUAUCCUGCAGGUAAGGUCAUGGGAAACAGGUGUAUGUGGUUUCCCACGCCAUCAGGUUUUGAAAAAGGGGAGCAUGUUUCUACAGGCCUACCCUGGCUUUAGCAAAGAAGCUAGAGCAUGUCAUGCUAACACGCAGGCCAUCAAACAAUACAGAACAGCUACAGCCUAGUUGAAAACUCAAGGGAAAGUGAACAUGCAAACUUUUGUUUUAUUGAGUCACUACCUUUCUGACCCAUCAAACAGAAGACGCUCUGCUUCAAGGUGUGGCAAAACAGUUAAUUUUUUUCUUUUUUCUUUAAGGCUGACAAAUCACGCAGUAUUGGAGUUGGACAACUGCACCAGUAUGGACACUCUCCAGGGAAGAAAACCGAAGAAACCCCAUUACAUUCCCCGCCCUCCUGGCAAACCGUUCAAAUAUCAGUGUUUCCAAUGUCCCUUCACCUGCAACAUCAAGUCUCAUCUCUUCAACCACAUGAAGUAUAACCUGUGCAAGAACUCCAUCUCUCUGGUGUCCCAGCGCAUGGAACAGACAGGGAAAACGCAGAGAACUUCCCAGCAUAAUUUCCCCUUCAACCACAAGAGUAAAGAGCCACCCCUGGAAGCUGAAGCCAGCAAACCUACAGAAAGUGUCAACAACAAGGUUGAACAAGAGGAGAUGGGUAAAGGAACAAGAGAAAAGCCUGGAAGUCCCAUCAAGGAGGUCACUAAAGAUGUCCCUGAGCCAAUCUGUAAGACCAGGGACAAAAAUGGAGACAUAGACAUUGAACAAAACAAAAUAACUUCAGCUUUCUCACCGGUUGCACGAACAUGUGAAAGCGAAGCUCUAUCUCGGUCUCCACACAAAGAUGAUCCAUCAUCUUCUUCAGCCAUUCCUCAGUUUUACCACCAAAUGGCACCCUGGGCCCCACCUGCUUCCACAGCACCGCUUCUUCCUCUAAUACCGGACUAUCCAUCAUACAUGAUAUCUGAGAGGCCCUUGCAUUCUCUCUACACACCCUACUCACAAAAUCAAGCAAACACCCCAGCCUACCAACUUGUACCUCGAGAGACCCAAAGACCUCUUGUUCCAUCACCUUUGGUCCCACCUAGUACUUCCCUUCUCCAUCCUUAUCACUAUAGAUAUGCCCAUCCUAUUAUCCCUGGUCCACCUCUACCCUACAGCCUCUACCAACACCCUGAAUUUUCCAUGUCCUUACAGAGAACCAGGUAUCAUCCUCUGGAUGUGUACAGCAACAGAUUUUAUCCUCGAGAGUAUGGAGGGCAUCUAGUACCCCUACCUCAUCCUGAUUCUUACAGCAGACUUCCUGAGGACAGAGCUUUCCAGGAGCACAAAACAGUAGACAAAGGUACUCGCCAGAGUCCUUUAGCAGGGUGUGCCGCCUCUGGGUCUCCAGACAGGCCUAGUACCGCAGAUGUCACCCAGCGGAUCCCUGUUACACUCAGGCACGCUUCUCAUGGGGAAUCAUUCCCAGUUAGUCAAUCACAGCAUGUUGAACCAGCGGCAACUACAUCAACUGAAAACUUACCCAAGAAAUCAUGUGGACAAUCUCAAGAGAGCAUGUUACAAAAUAAAGAGAGGAAUGAACCACAAACCACAGUUUCUGCAAGAAGCAGUGAGAUUUCAUCAGAAAAGGAAGAUGAAGAAACCGAGGAAGAGCCAGCUCCUCUUAACCUUUCAAAGAGGGACCAGGCCGUAUCCAGCAACAUGACACACCACUACCCUGAAUGCGAGCUCAAUUAUGAUUCAGAAAGUAGUGAAGAGGCACCGCUCAACCUCUGCCUCAGGGUUCAGUCCAACAACCUAGCCUUGCUCAACACCACAGGCUCUGAAACUCCAGAAAGACAAACCAUUAUAAAUGCUGAGGUAUGCACAAUUGUUCCACCCAAAGAACAAGAAAUAGACCCAUGUGACCAGAGGCACUCUGCUGCCUUCGCUCUGUGCCAGCUAGCUAGCUCAAAGGACAUUUUCAAUGACUCCUCUAUUGGCCAACAAGAAACAACGGAGGGCCAGAACAGCCAUAGUCUUCCUCCCCCAGACAAGAGCCCAGUCAAAGACACUCCAGACACACCAAAACAGAGCACACGGGCACUGGGACAAAAACGGGUAAACAAUAGACCUCUGAGGCACACUGCCAAAAGAGCAAAGGUCAAAGAACCUGCUCGAACUCAAAGAAAGAGGUCACAAAACUGCUGAUUCAGAGAUCCCAAAGUGUGGACUGCUGCAAAUCAGACAGAAGGAGCUCCAGCGAAAAAGAUCAAUACUCAAGAGACUUCACAGGAAGACGUCUACAUUAAAGUCUUCAAUUAUUGUUCUAUUUAUGUCUGUAAAAUUGCUUAUCAUUAGAGUUCAAAGGUCAUGGGAUCAAUUCCAAGGGUACACAUGAACUGGCAACAUUAAUGUAAGCAGUUUUGGACAAAACAUUUGCUAAAAGCUUAAAUGUACAUGUGGAUAAUUCCCAAAUAUUCUAAGUGUAUAACAUGAAGCACUGAUUGGAAGAAAAAGAGCAGCCCAGAUUGUACACUGAGAAUCUUGUGUGCUUUGAGAAAACAUGUAACAGAUCAUUAAAGGGAGCUGGGUGGUGGCAUUUUUUUAAAAAUAAAGGAUCUUGUUAAACUUGAA